CGUGAGCCACUUCAAGACCUUCGAGCUCCUCGACCCUCGACCCCUAUCGCGCCCAGGAGCUGUCCAACCUCGUGUGGGCGUUCGCGGCCGCGAGCUGCCCCAACGAGAAGCUGUUUGCGGCGAUGUCCAAGAAGGCGAUCGCGAGGCUGAGCGAGUUCAGGCCGCAGGAGCUGGCCAACACGCUCUGGGGCUUCGCGGCCGCUGGGUACUGCAGCGAGGGCCUCUUUGUCGCCGCCGCAGAGUCGGCCCAGCGCAUGGACCUCCACGCGCAGCACCUGGCCGCCAUACUGUGGGCCUUGACGCGGUCACGCGCGAGGUCCCCCGCCUUGAGCGCGUCGGUCCUGGCGCUGCUGCCCGCGUGCACGAGGCGGGUGUGGACCUUCACGCCCCAGGACCUCUCCGUCGCGCUGCUCGCCGCCGCGAAGGCGUACGGCCACAGCGCGGAGAGGGGGAGGGGACAGGCCUCCGAGGCGGCGGUGGCCGACUUCUUCGCCGCCGCGUCGCCCUGGAUCCGGCCACGCCUCCGGGACUUCUCAGGCCGGUCGCUCGCCUACGCCGCCGUGUCGUUCCUGGCGGUGGAGGCCGACGGCGCCGCCGCGCUGCUCCCCGAGCUCGGGCUGCAGGUUCUCUCGCGCAAGCGGGAGCUGGGCCCCACGGAGCUGCUCUACUGCCUCAGCGCCUUCGCCACCGACCUGUCGCGGUGGCGGCCGGGCGCCAGGGACGCCCCUCACUGGAGGGUAGCCCAGGCUCUCUUCCUCGAGGCCGCGCGUGCGGUGGACGACUUCAAGCCGAGGCACCUGGAGAUCCUCUCCCGCGUCUGCGCGAGGCUCGCGGCGCCCGAGGAGGCGGCCGCCCCGCCGGGCCGGCGCAGCAGCGAGGCCCCGCAGCUCAGCGUCGCGGAGCUGCGGGCCCGCUGCCAGGCGCUGGGCAGGGCGGCGGCCCCGCCCCCCCGCGGGCUGCCGCCCGCAGGCCUGCUCUCCAUGCUCAACUCCCACGACACCGAGCUGUGCCUGGACGACGAGCACCGGGCCCCACCGGGCAGCGCCGUGGAGGCGGCAACGCACAAGCCGUCGAGGCAGGGACAGGCGCCGCUCCGGACAACGCACCCGUCGGAGCUGCACGCGCCGAUGAGCAUCACCGCGCCGGCGCCGAUGGUGGCGCCCAUCAGCCUGAGCCAGUCGGCGUGGGCCUCCGCGCUGGCCCUGGGCGGCGGUGGGGCGCAGCACGCCGCCGGCCCUGGUGGCGCCUCGGCGGUGGCGGCGGCGUGCGCGGGCACGUCCGCCGCGCAUAGGGACGCACCCUUCGGCGCGCCCUUCCAGGCCCUUCGGCGCGGAGGGCCCACGGUGCGGGGCUCCAACAGCAGCAGGUCGGCGAGCAGCGCCGCCGCGGGGACGCCGCGCGCCUCGGCCGAAGGCGACGAUCGCGAGGAAACCGAUGAGGAUCGGCAACGCAUUUGCGACGGCCUGGCGCCGCUGAGCCCAGAGCAGGGCGCGGAAGGCGGCGGCCGCCUCGGCGGGCGCUACCCGGACUCGCGGCGCCUGGCCGGGAGAAGAUCCAACAACGUCUCCCUCAAGAACACGUUCUUGCACUUCGAGGACGACGAGGGCCAGGAGGACUCCGGCGCGGAGGA